UUCGGUUGGUUUUCGACAAAAACCACCGAUCGAUGCUCAUCCUCAAGAACGGCACCCAUGUGAUUGGAGGCAUUUGCUACCGUCCCUUUGAGAAGAAUCACUUCGCAGAGAUUGCAUUCUGUGCCAUUAACGCUUCGGACCAGGUGAAAGGAUACGGUACGCGGUUGAUGAAUCACCUCAAGGAGUAUGUCAAGACCAAGAACAUCACGCACUUCCUCACGUAUGCCGACAACUACGCUAUUGGGUACUUCAAGAAGCAAGGCUUCACCAAAAGUGUAUCGAUGGCUCGGCCUAACUGGUACGGCUACAUCAAGGACUACGACGGUGGAACUCUGAUGGAGUGCACCAUUCACACCCAGAUCAACUAUUUAAGGAUCACGUCGAUGAUUCACAUGCAGCGCGAGGCUAUUCAAAAGAAGAUCAAAGAACGCUCGCGAUCUCAGAAUGUGUAUCCGGGCCUAACAAAGUUCGCGGAGGGCAGGCUGAUGGAUAUCUACAUGGUCCCCGGCGUCAAGGAAGCUGGCUGGUCUCAGGCAACGAUUCGCAACAACCGUAUCGGAACCCGCGAUCAAGGUAGUCUGAAGUCGCAGCUCUCCCAGUUGUUGAAGGCCGUGUCGAGCCAUCGCAGCGCGUGGCCGUUCCACGAGCCCGUGGACACUUCCGUCGUGGUCGACUACCUAGACCACAUUAAGGAGCCUAUAGACCUGCAGCUCAUCAGCAAGCGCAUCGACAGCGGCGCCUACAUCUCCAAAGCUGCGUUCAAGGCGGACCUUGACAAGAUGUGCGACAACUGCACGACGUACAACACGCCCGACACCAACUACUACAAGGCCGCCGUGGAUCUGCGCGAGUUCAUCCAGUCUCGAAUUCAGAUCAGAGAUCACAAGUAGGCGCUCUACAGUGGAAGGACUGUAUAGCCCUGCUCUUCUGUAAGUCGAAUGAACAAGA